AUGGCAAGAGACUACUACGAGGUGCUGGGGAUCAGGAAGGAGGCAACGGAGGAGGAGGUGAAGAAGGCGUACAAGAAGGCGGCGAUGAGAUGGCAUCCAGACAAGAACAGAGACAGGCAGGAGGAGGCUGAGAAGAAGUUCAAGGAGAUCGCGGAGGCGUACGAUGUGCUGUCCGACCCAGAGAAAAGGAAGGUCUAUGAUCAGUACGGCGAGGAAGGGCUGAAGGGAGGAAUACCAGCGGGAAAUGCAGAGGGAAUGCCUGGCGGCUUCACUCGCUAUGAGUUCCGCGGGGACCCUAACGAGAUCUUCAAGAACUUUUUUGGGAACAGCGGGUUCGGAGGAUUCGGCUUUGGAGGAGACGAUGUGUUCUCGUCCUUUGAGUUCGGGGGUGGCCCAAAGUUCUUCCCGCACAGGAGCGGAGCACAUUCCUCGUUUCCCAUGGGAGGGGAAUCGAAGAAGCGGCCGCACGUGGUCGACCUGAACCUCUCGCUGGAGGAGCUGUACACCGGCAUCACCAAAAAGCUCAGGAUAUCGAGGAAGACUAAGACUCCCGGGCGAUCCGCACAGAACAUCUUCGACAUCAACGUGAGGCCCGGGUGGAAGGCAGGGACGAAGAUCACCUUCGAGGGGGAGGGGGAUGAAGAGGCUGCUGGGCAGGCGCAGGACGUGGUGUUUGUGGUGAAGGAGAAGCCCCAUGAUAUCUUCACACGCAGCGGGUCAAACCUGAUCUACAGGAAAAAGGCCGUUCCGCUCGUAGAUGCGCUGACAGGGUUCAAGUUCAACCUGCAGACUCUUGACAAGAGGACGCUGGAGAUCGAGGUCAAGGAUGUCGUGUCGCCCAACUACAGGAGGGUGAUCCGGGGGGAGGGAAUGCCUGUAUCCAAGGAGCCAGGCAAGAGAGGAGACCUGAUCAUUGAGUUCGAAGUGCUGUUCCCCCAAUCUCUGUCUGAAGACUCCAAGCUGAAGAUCAGGCAAGCGUUUGGACGCUCUACUGAGGGAUACGCUAGAAACAAGGCUGGGGCGUAG